AGCCGAGGAGAGAGUGCAAGAUGAGGAGAGGCCUCGGGCGGGGAGAGGCGCGGCUGGGCCCGCCCGCGCCCCCGCGCCGCCCUCCGCCUCUGGGGGCGUUGCCCCCCAUCCGCAACCCGUGCUUUCACGGGAUUUGUCCUGGUGUGUACGCCUUCGCCGGAGUAACGAGAUACCAGGAGGCCCUACAAUCUAGUUGCUGGUUCCUGGGCCAGGGUAAGCGCUGGCCGGGGAAGGAGAAUUCUCAAAGAGUGGGGAUCCACUUCGCGGCCCCGGCGGCCCCCAGCCUUUCACCUCUGCUUUCUGGCUUUCUGCGGGGGAAGCUCGCACGAGUUGAGCGUCCCCUGUGCUCUGAGAGUUACAACGCCUUCUUAUUCGUCCUUACAGCAGCACUUCCAGGUAGUAGAUAGGUAUUAAUGGACCCGUAUUCCGGAUGAGUAAACUGAGAUCCAGAUUAUGAAUUUCUCCACACCCCACACUGCUGGGAUUUGAUUCCAAAUCCAUCCGAUUGCAACGGACUCUUCAUUACAGAGUGGGGAAAUUGAGGCACCAAGAGAUCACAUCACUAAGUCUCCACUGAACUGUGUUUGAACCCCAGCAGUCUGACUAGAGCUCACGUUCUCAUCCACUAAUACAGUCUCUAACAUAAUGGAAACAUCAGCCUUUAAGGUAAAAAGCUGGCCCAGAUGGCAGAGAGGUGUGUGCUGGGGGCAGCCCCUGUCCUUUUGCCUUGGUGAGAACCGGUAAGGAACUCAGGGCAGGCUGUGUAUACAUGGAAUCUCACGUUUCUCUCCAGCUGGUGAUUCCAGAUUGCUGGAUUUGACGGGAAAACAAAACAAAGCAAACAAGAAAAAUGGAAACCAAAUUCCUACAGACUUACCAGCUUUUAAUUUGUGCUCCCUAAGAACAUUCAAAAUGCACCUAUUACCAUCAUCCUUUCACAAAAGAACAUUUGAAUCCUCAAAACAGGAAGGAUACCAGAAAUGGGCCUCUGCUGCCCUCUAAUGGAGGGAAGGCAGCCACUGAAGCCACCUGCUGGGACCCCAACCAACCUGGCACCCCAAAGAAAAGGGGAAGCGGAGGUCCCUCCUCCCCCAGCCUUUUUACCUCUUCACCCCAAGCCUUCAUUUCUUAGAGCCUCCUCAGCUGAACCUUCUUCCCUCCUUCCAAAUGCCCCUGGCUGACCCCUCUCCCCAACUGCCACUUUCCACCCUAGAUCCCAUCAUCUUCCCAAUUCCCUUUGUUGCCCAGGUUCUGAUUCCAGUACCCUGGUUCCUGGCUCUGCCAGAAAGUUCUGGUUCCGGAAUGCCCCUCACCAGGUGCCUCGGGCCUACCUCCUGCCCAUAAGGUGGCGCUGAAGACAUGGGUAUGGGCAUCCCCGAGUGCCUGGAGCAACUGGACAUCCGCAGAAGUAUAGUGGGCCUGGCCACCGGUGCCGGGGCCAUCUACCUGCUCUACAAGGCCAUCAAGGCCGCCAUAAAAUGCCAGCCACCCAUCUGCACCACCUCGCCCAUCUGCAUCGCCCGCCUGGCAAUCGAGCGAGAGCGGCACGGGCGGGACUCAGGCGAGCUCCGGAGGCUCCUCAACUCUUUGGAAUGCAAACAGGAUGAGUACACCAAGAGCAUGAUCCUGCACAGUAUCACGCGCUGUGUGUAUUUGUUGGAGGCUGAGGCCUCUGCUUGUACAGCUGAUGACAUCAGCUUGGUAAGCUCCAUGCUGGAUGACAAGGACAACAGCGUUAAAAUCCAAGCUCUGAACACACUUAAAGCUUUCUCCAGCAUCAGAAAAUUCAGGCUCAUAAUCCAGGAACACUCCAUCAAGGUGCUGGAACUGAUCUCUACCAUCUGGGACUCGGAGCUGCACAUUGCCAGCCUCAGACUCCUCAACAACCUCACACUGCCCGACUUCGUGCACCCACAGCUGCGACGGGUGAUGCCAGCCCUGAUGGAGAUCCUGCAGUCAGACUACAUCCUGGCACAGGUGCCCAAGGACCGUGGUCAAGGCUCUACCCCCCUGGCUAGCCCUGGGAGCAGCAUCUGGAAGGAGGAGCAGAGAUUUGCGUCUUCCCUGCUCAGGCCCAGACUUGCCGGUCCUCUGUGUUUUAUUCUUUCCUCUAUCCAGGUGCAAGCCAUACGACUGCUGAGCCACCUGGCACAGAAGAAUGACCUUCUCUAUGACAUUCUCAACUGCCAGGUGCACUCCAACUUCCUGUGCCUAUUCCAGUCCACACAGCCAGGGAGUCUGCUGUUUGAGGUGCUGGUGUUUGCCGAGCGACUGAGCGAGGGCCGGAACUCGCCCCACUACCGCGCUGUGAAAUGGCAUUACAACGAGCAGUCUCUGCAUGAAGCCCUCUUUGGGGACGAGUCGCGACUGGCAGACCGGCUGCUCAGCCUGGUCAUCCACCCCGAGGAGGAGGUGCAGAUCCAGGCCUGCAAGGUCAUAGUCAGCCUGCAGUGGCCCCCGGACUUGGGGGCCCGGUCUUCCUCCUGCCAGCCCAGUUCUUCCUACUUUAAUAACUAAUGGGGAAUAAAAUUAAGGAGAACCAAUAAAUGAGUAUGGGAGAGAAGCUUGGCGGGCAGUGUCUGUCCAGGGCCUUCCAGGGCAGAGGAUAGAUUUCAUCUAGCAUAACCGCAGCCCCAGAGCAUGGCACAGCAAGGGUACGUUUCCCAAAACACAUCCCCACUUCCAUGUAUGCUCUUUGAGGGGACAAACUCUGUCUAAUCUUGCUGCUUUUCAAAUUUGAAUGUGGAUCCCAUGCUUUCAGGGAGUUGGGAGAGGGCAGGUUUGAGGACUGAGGGCUAAUAUUAUCAACAAGAGGCAGCACAGCAUUGGAUUAGUCAGGAUGGGCUGGGCUAGGCUGCAGUAACAAACAAUCCCCCAAAUCUCAGUGGCUUAAAAUGACAAACAUUUAUUUUAUUCACACUGUAUGUCCAUCACAGUUCAGGUGCGGGGAGGGACAGGUGUCUGUUCUACAUCAUCAUCACUCAGGGACUGAGGCUGAGAGAAGCUCCAUCAUUGUGUUUCUACAAUUACUAGGGAAGAAAAAGGAAUGUGGGAGUGAUAACCAGUUCUUAAAGUUCCAACCAGAAAUGAUGCUUAUCACCUCUGGUUAUAUUUCAUUGGCCUAAGGGGUAGGGAAGCUAAAUCUUACCAUGUGUCCAAGGAAGAAUUGAAUGUAUUUGCUGAACAGUAUUAAUGACAGUGAACAGUAGGCAUAUUAGUUAAGAGUGAGAGCUCUGGUAUCAGACUGCUAGAUUUGAAUCCCUGCUCUGUCACUUGGUAGCCCUGUGACGUUGGGCAAGCCAUUUACACUGCCUCAUGAAGCAGUUGGGAGGAUUAUAUGAGCCAAUGAAUGUAAGCCCCUUAGCACAGUGCUCUGUAUACAGAGGGUGUCUAUCAAAUACUGACUCCUAGGAGCUGUGAAAUUACUGAGAAAAUGAAAGAUAAGCACAGGAAAAGGCCUUAGAGAGCAAUGCUUCUAAUAUUUUUCCAGCCUCUUCAGAUUAUAGGCACUAGGGAGUCCCCAGAGCCUUAUAUGUAGCACCCUGAAUACCACUGGAAACCAGAACAUUUGUGAAAGUAAUAAAAAGCCAUAACCAUGAAGUCUGCUGAAAUAAGAAGACUUUCCAACCAAA